CUCUCCCAGGAGGAACAGCGCAGAACCUAACCCUCACGAAAGCCCUUUUCGAUUCCGAUAACUCUCGUUGUUCCGAAACCCUAACCCUAACCGGGUUUUUUCGUUUGUUUGGAUUGAAUUGGUAUCGGAGGGAGGCGAUCGAUUGGAAAUUGGUAGUGGUAGUUUAGCGUUGAAGAACGAUGUCUGCUGCUGUGUGCGGAAGCAAGAGAUCUUUCUUCGAAGAGCUUCCUCCUUCUCCGCCACUCUCCAAGAGGCUCCGUUGUUCCUCUUCGCCGAUUCGAUUCCCUCCUCCUUCUUCCAUCGACCAACUUCGCCCUCUCUUUCCCCACAUGGACGACUUGGUUCUUGAGAGAGCUCUCCAAGAAUGUGGCAAUGAUAUAGAUGCUGCCAUCAAGAGGUUGAAUGAGCUUUGCUUGGGAACUGCCGAUGGAAAUGGAAUUGCUGAAGAAUCGGAGGUUGUCAUUAAUCUGGGUGCAGGUAAAUUGGAAGGUGAUGGAAAUGCUUCUGUUUCUGAGGAGCAGCCUGCUUUGAACAAUCACCUUCCUGCAGAUGGAGCAGAAUGGAUUGACUUUUUUGUCAGGGAAAUGAUGGUUGCUACUAGUGUUGACGAUGCUAGAGCCCGUGCUGCCAGAAUGCUGGAGGUUCUAGAGAAAUCAAUCAGUGAAAGAGCAAAGGCUGAGGCAACUGAUGCACUUCAGAAGGAAAAUUUGAUGCUUAAAGAGCAAAUUGAAGCGUUAAUUAAGGAGAAAAAUUCUUUCAAAAAUGCUUUUAGAAUCCAGCAUGAGCGAUUUGCUGAUUAUGAGGUUAAGAACCAAGAGUUACAGCAUUUGAAGCAAUUGGUGUCUCAAUACCAGGAGCAGAUUAGAACCCUCGAGGUGAAUAACUAUGCUUUGGCAAUGCAUUUGAAGCAGGCUCAACAGAGCAACCCCUUUCCUGGGCGCUUCCCACCUGAUGUCUUCUAAUGGGGUGAAUGUUUAGAAUGUAAUAAUAAAGGCAGCAAAUAGCUGCAUCAGGUUGAUUAAUUAUGUCGUGUUAUUUUUCUCUCUUUCUUACAAAGGUCAAGCGUUGUUGUAGUUCAGGACUUCAGGUUAUUCUAUCCUACAGUAUCCGAAUAUACUGUCACUCAGUUCAAUUACCCCGUUUGGAAUUUUAUGAUUUCGAGUUGUAGUCUAGCGAGAUUGCGACGAUGUUCAAGGUUAGCCUGUAUCCGUCGCAAUUGAUAUUUUAGAUGAAGUUUGAUAA